GGAACCACCCAAACAGAUGUUUCAUUAGGCGAUAAGGCUCUCUGCAUGCUUCCCCUGUUUGUUUUUCUCCUUCCAACUGCAAGACAACAUUCAGUAGCUGCGUUGCUGAAUGUGGAAAAACACAACAUGCAUCCUGUACUCUGCGUCUACCUUCUCCCGCUGGUGCUCGGGAGCGCGACCGGACAGUGCGAUGAAUGCAAAAAACACCAAGAAGUCUACGCUAGAAACAUUACCGAGAUCCCGGCCACACUGAAACCGGGAACCAUUCACGUUUAUUUCAUCGGGAGCAGGUUUUCCAACGUCCCGAACAGAGCCUUCAUCAACAGCCCUCAGCUGGAGACGGUGGAGUUCAUGCAGAUGCCCAUCGUGUCCGUGGAAGUGCACGCCUUCGAGGGUUUGCGUAAGCUGAAGCUCCUUGAAAUCACGACGACCAAUCUGACGUCGCUGCCCUUGGGCGUGUUUCAGGACCAGCCGAUGCUCGAGAAACUGAUCCUAAAGCUCAACAAAAUCCAGAAGCUUGAGAAGGGACUGUUCGACGGCCUGAUAAUGUUGAAGGAGCUCCACCUUCACACCAACCAAAUCGCCUCAAUCGACGAGGGAGUUUUCGAUCAGCUCGAUAACCUUACGGUUCUUCACCUGGCCAAGAAUAAGAUCACGUCCGUCUCCAGAGCGCUGUUUACAAAACUUAGUAAAUUACAAAGGCUCAGGCUCUAUGAAAAUGACAUUGCCACUAUUCCACCCGGGAUCUUUGAUGAUCUACCGGAUCUGAAAGAGAUCAACUUACGGGAUAACAAGAUAACUGAGAUACCACCAGAUUUAUUUUCCAAAAACACCUUCUUGGAAUCAUUAAAUUUAGAGAAUAAUCGUUUGUCUGAAUUGCCCUCUGAAAUUUUUGUGGGACUUCCAAACAUGAGAUAUUUGACUCUUAAGCAGAAUGAAAUCCGCAGCCUGCCUCCCUUGCUCUUUGGAGAAAUGCCAAAAUUUCAUGAACUGAGUCUCAGAGGAAACAAUCUCACUGUCCUGCCUGCAGGUGUAUUCAGUCCCUUGAAGAAACUCAAGAAGCUUGACUUGUCUCUAAAUAAGUUUAUCUCUUUGUCCAGUGACUAUUUUGAAGGGCUUGUGAAACUCACAGACUUGAAUCUACAGAAUAAUAUGAUUGAAUCAUUAGAACCAAAAACCUUUGAACAUUUGACAGACCUGCAUACCCUCAGGUUAGCAAAUAACAAAUUGAGAACUCUUCCUGAAGGAAUAUUUGACUCUUUAUUAGAGUUUAGCAGGGUAUAUCUCGACAACAACCCUUGGCACUGUGACUGCAAUCUGAUAUCUUUAUCUAACUGGAUGAAAGCUAACAGUAAAAAGAUUAGGUCUUUCUCACCAGAGCAGUGUGAAUCUCCUGACAGCUUGAAAGGACAAAUUCUCAACUCUCUCACAGAAGAUCAGCUGAUAUGCCCAACAACUCCUACAAUCACCACAGCUUUGGCUCUUACCAUGGGCGAUGAAUCCAAAACAUACCAAGAAGUCUACGAUAGAGACUUUACCGAGAUCCCGGCCACACUGAAACCGGGGACCAUUCACGUUUAUUUCAUCGGGAGCAGGUUUUCCAACGUCCCGAACAGAGCCUUCAUCAACAGCCCUCAGCUGGAGACGGUGGAGUUCAUGCAGAUGCCCAUCGUGUCCGUGGAAGCGCACGCCUUCGAGGGUUUGCGUAAGCUGAAGCUCCUUGAAAUCACGACGACCAAUCUGACGUCGCUGCCCUUGGGCGUGUUUCAGGACCAGCCGAUGCUUGAGAGACUGAUCCUAAAGCUCAACAAAAUCCAGAAGCUUGAGAAGGGACUGUUCGACGGCUUGAGAAUGUUGAAGGAGCUCCACCUUCACACCAACCAAAUUGCCUCAAUCGACGAGGGAGUUUUCGAUCAGCUCGAUAACCUUACGGUUCUUCACCUGGCCAAGAAUAAGAUCACGUCCGUCUCCAGAGCGCUGUUUACAAAACUUAGUAAAUUACAAAGGCUCAGGCUCUACGAAAAUGACAUCGACACUAUUCCACCUGGGAUCUUUGAUGAUCUACCGGAUCUGAAAGAGAUCAGCUUACGGGAUAACAAGAUAACUGAGAUACCGCCAGAUUUAUUUUCCCAAAACACCUUCUUGGAAUCAUUAAAUUUAGAGAAUAAUCGUUUGUCUGAAUUGCCCUCUGAAAUUUUUGUGGGACUUCCAAACAUGAGAUAUUUGACUCUUAAGCAGAAUGAAAUCCGCAGCCUGCCUCCCUUGCUCUUUGGAGAAAUGCCAAAAUUUCAUGAACUGAGUCUCAGAGGAAACAAUCUCACUGUCCUGCCUGCAGGUGUAUUCAGUCCCUUGAAGAAACUCAAGAAGCUUGACUUGUCUCUAAAUAAGUUUAUCUCUUUGUCCAGUGACUAUUUUGAAGGGCUUGUGAAACUCACAGACUUGAAUCUACAGAAUAAUAUGAUUGAAUCAUUAGAACCAAAAACCUUUGAACAUUUGACAGACCUGCAUACCCUCAGGUUAGCAAAUAACAAAUUGAGAACUCUUCCUGAAGGAAUAUUUGACUCUUUAUUAGAGUUUAGCAGGGUAUAUCUCGACAACAACCCUUGGCACUGUGACUGCAAUCUGAUAUCUUUCUUUAACUGGAUGAAAGCUAACAGUAAAAAGAUUAAGUCUCUCUCAACAGAGCAGUGUGAAUCUCCUGACAGCUUGAAAGGACAAAUUCUCAACUCUCUCACAGAAGAUCAGCUGAUAUGCCCAACAACAACUCAACUACAAUCUCUUACCACGGCAACCAGUGUUGGGGAAAAUUCACAGAACAAAAGAUCUCCCUCCUAAUAGCAUGAUAAACAAUCACAAGUCAAAAUCAGACUCAACCUUGAUGAGCAAGCUGGUUCCUCCAAAACUCUUAAUGAUUCAUUCCAGAAGUGUAUCUAUAUGUAAGUGGCUUGUAAUCAAUAUAUCAAAUGUAUGCUGCUUGUUAUCAAAUCAAAUGAACCUAGAACAUUAAUUACAGCUGAGCUUAUGAAAACGCAAGAAACCACAGUGAAAACUGUUGAAAUGAGAGCAAAGACUGCAAAGAAUGCAACGUACAUUUAUUCACUUAGAAGAGAAUGUUAAUCAAAUUUUAGUAUGUCUGUAUAUUAGAAAAUAAUAUCAGAAGAGAAUAUUAAUCAAAUGUUGAGUAUGUCUGUAUAUUUUCAAUGAUUUACUGCUGAUAAGUUUGUGUUAGAAGUGCAUAAGUGACCCAUAUGUAACCUGAGUGGAAAAAUACAAAAUGACGUGUAUGCUUAAAAAAACCACGGAAAGAUACAAAAUGACAUGUUUGUUAGAAAGCAGUUUGCGGGGGCCGGGGCGUCCUGAACUUGAGUUGGCAGAGCAUGAGGACCUUGGGCAAUUUGCCACAAUGAUGUUUUCACCUGUUUUAGGAGGAGUUUUAGGAGGAGUUAAGAUAAGAACUGUGUAUAAAAUGGGUGUAAAAAUGACAUUCGAGGUCCAUUUUCUGCAAAACUGGUCCGGCUUUAUGCACUCAUGCUAAUAAAGUCUGAUUUUCCUGAA